AUGGCGGACGUUGAUGGUCACGACGAAAGUGUUGUACUGACAUUUAAGUCCAGAAAAAAGAAGAGGUCAUGCACAGAAAGAGAAAAAGAAAAGAUCUUUUGUCAUUCAGGAGGAGGAAAGAUCCCGUCCAUUUCGUGUAAUCAUAUUAAAGGAUUCUGCAAGGCUCAAGAUAUAACACCUGAUGACCUGGUGAAAUGCCAUGCAGAGUUUUACAGCAAAUUGAACAAAGUGUCACAAGAUGCUGCUAUAGUAGCUUUGCUUGAUGCGGACACCACGAAAAGAGUGAAUGAUCAGAGGAAAAAAACAAGACACAUGACGAUCAAAUCUUUUCUUUGUAGUGAUGGAAACAAGCUGCAAGUUUGCCAGUCUUCUUUUGUUCAGCAUUGCGGAAAAACUGGGAUUCAUUCAACACAAAGGAGCCUGGAAAAAAGAACUGUAUAAAGGUGGCUAAAAAGACAGAUGUUCUUUGUGUUCUCGAAGCCGUAGGAGUGGAGGAGAGAAUAAAGAUUUCUUA